AUGGCUGAAGUCAUGUCCCCCAGGAGCGAGCCCGCGUCUCUCGUAUCCUCGCCGAAUGCCAAUCGAACGUCCCUCCCUCCGCUGCUCACGUCCCCGCCUUCGAGAGCGAAGAUUGAACGAGCUAGCUCCUACAUCAGCAAACGGCUCUCCACCUUCUCCAACGCAUCCAACAACCAGUCCGCGCGGUCGCGGCCGCAGUCUACCGCUUUCCCCAUCUUCCACUCGAGUCUCCCCUACUCGCUCGUCCGUGACUUUGCCUAUGGUCCCCUCCACCCCCUCUUCUACGGACCGCUCCCGGAACAACCGUCCAACAUCUCCACACCAGCUAGCGAAGUGAGCAGGCGGCUCUCAGAUCCACCGCCCGUCGCGUGGCACACAGACCGAGGAGGCUGGUCCGCUGGAAGUUGGGAACCUGGCGAGCAGCUCCCGCAAACUUCCUUUGCAGAUGGCCCUCCAUGGGAGGAGGAUGAGGACAUUCACAGCCCCGUGGUCACAAGUCACGCUCGGCACAAGAAGCACAAAUCGAACAUUGUCGAUUUCGAUCACACAAGGGGGAGGAAAGGCUACGAGGAAUUGAGACGGCCGUCGUACAAUGGUGACAGCAGCAGCUCGGUCUAUUACCUGGACGAAGCCGACGAGUCGGAGGCCAACGGUGCCGGCGGCGAAUACAUUACCUAUCCCCCGCAGCGGCAAUCUAGCCAAGGGCUCCGUGCCCCCAGUGAGCCAUCACGGCGGGACUCUCACUUCGCCGCCAUGCUUCCCCAGCGGACAUAUGCGGGAAACGACGGCCCACCCUACGAUUCAGACGAUGACAUGUCGGAGCCGGAAGACUUCCCUCGCGACGAAAGCCGCUUUUCCCGCGACUACCAGUUUACGAUUGCCUCCCCCGAGGAGGAGAUGCACGGCAAGGCAGUGGCGCUGUUCGACUUCGCCCGGGAGAACGACAACGAAUUGCCGCUGGUUGAGGGCCAGGUCAUAUUGGUCUCGUACCGGCACGGCCAAGGGUGGCUUGUCGCACAAGACCCAAAGACGGGAGAGAGUGGACUUGUACCGGAGGAGUAUGUGCGCCUGCUCCGCGACAUCGAAGGCGGCUGGAAUGGCCUCAUGAAUGGUACGGCGGUGCAGGAGGCCAGCAAUGGCCACGAAGGCCUGCUUUCUCCCGUGUCUGCUGGCCCCGAAGCUAAGACACCCACACAAGCCGACCACCGCUCCUACACACCGGUCAUCUCGACCUUCUCCACGAGCACCAAAGACCUGGAGCCAUAUCCCAAGGAAAAGCUAGGCACGCCCACGAAUUCGGAAGGAGAGAAUUUCUCCAAGCUGAGGGGGAGUCCGCCCGACGAGGAGGAGAAGCAGAAGUCGCCAACCUCACCCAUGGUUGGCGUCGAGGCGUCACCGGAGCCCACAUCUCUGCAGCAGCGAUCGCAAUGA